AUGGGUGUUUGGUUUUUAUCGAGUGGGAAUUUGGUACUGAUGUAUGGGUGUUUGAUACUGAUGUAUGGGUGUUUGGUACUGAUGUAUGGGUGUUUGGUUCUGUUGUAUUGGUGCUUGGUACUGAUGUAUUUGUGUUUGGCACUGAUGUAUUGGUGUUUGGUACUGAUGUAUGGGUGUUUGGUACUGAUGUAUUGGUGUUUAGUACUGACAUUUGUGAGUUUGGUUCUGAUGUAUGGACGUUUGGCACUGGUAUAUUGGUGUUUGGUACUGAUGUAUUUGUGUUUGGUACUGAUGUAUGGGUGUUUGGUACUGAUGUAUGGGUGUUUGAUACUGAUGUAUGGGAGUUGGGUAAUGAUGUAUGUGUGUUUGGUACUGGUUUAUUAUCUACGUUUCAUGUACGGGAUUCUACGUUUCAAGUACAGGAGUCUACGUUUCAUGUACGGGAGUCUACGCUUCAAGUACGGGAUUCUACGUUUCAAGAACGGGAGUCUACGCUUCAAGUACAGGAUUCUACGUUUUAUGUACGGGAGUCUACGCUUCAUGUUCGGGAUUCUACGCUACAAGUACGGGAUUCUACGUUUCAAGUACAGGAGUCUACGUUUCAUGUACGGGAGUCUACGCUUCAAGUACGGGAUUCUACGUUUCAAGAACGGGAGUCUACGCUUCAAGUACAGGAUUCUACGUUUUAUGUACGGGAGUCUACGCUUCAUGUUCGGGAUUCUACGCUACAAGUACGGGAUUCUACGUUUCAUGUACGAGAGUCUACGUUUCAUGUACGGGAGUCUACGCUUCAUGUACGAGAGUCUACGUUUCAUGUACGGGAGUCUACGCUUCAUGUACGGGAGACUAAAGCUCCAGUAUUGA